GCUAAAACCAGGAGGUGGAGAGGCUAUGUAAACAUCUUUGGUAAAAUACAACUUGCUCUUACUUUGAAGCAACCCUUUGAAGCGCCCUUUUGGAACUGCUUCCUUAAGAUAGAGAAUAUUACAAGUAAUAGAUCCUAAUCAUUACCAAGACAUAAGGUUUUGUCAUUUCUGUUUAAUGUGUGAACCACAAGCACUUGCUCUCACUCCCAGGGAGAAUAUCAUGAGGGAAAAAAACAUGAAAUAUAUUUAAGUCAACAUCUACUUAUCAUCAUGGAGUUCCCCUGCCCACUGAACUUCGUACUACAUGAUGUUCACUCCAAAGAGUUAACUACACAUCCCUUUUUUCUCUCCAGAACUUUCUGAUGACUUUGCAAACCAGUCAACAAUUCAGCACAAAGGCAUCCAGAGUCACGCUGGCACGUUGUGACAGAAUCACACAGUUACAUGAGAUUUGUCCCAUUCUGAAAAUGCCCAAACAGCGAAGAGCAGAGAUAAAUGGAAUCAAACGUCAGAGUCAACACAGCCUGAGAGAGGCUUGAAAUUCAGACUCCACAAUCCAUGGGGAAAGUUUCCUGCUGUGCCAUGGAAUAAAGGUGACAGAAAAUGACAGCAAGUCUUCUAAGCACAACCCUUGCUUUGCUCCUCCUUCGCCUCCUUGGGGUCCUGGAGGCAACAACAAUAUCAUGCAGAAAUGAAGAAGGUGAAGCUGUGGAUUGGUUUAUCUUUUAUAAGUUACCUAAAAGGCAAGACAAGGAAAGUAGAGAGACUGGGUUAGAGUACCUAUACCUAGACUCUACAACCAGAAGCUGGAGGAGGAGUAAGCAACUAAUGAAUACCACGAAGAGUGUUUUGGGGAGGACAUUACAACAGCUGUAUGAAGCAUAUGGCUCCAAGAAUAACAACACUGCUCAUCUAAUAUACAACGAUGGAGUCCCUAACUCUGUGAAUUAUAGCAGAAAGUAUGGACACACUAAAGGUUUAUUACUGUGGAACAGAGUCCAGGGGUUCUGGCUGAUUCAUUCUAUUCCCCGGUUUCCUCCAAUUCCUGAAGAAGGCUAUGAUUAUCCACCCACAGGAAGACGAAAUGGACAAAUUGGAAUCUGUGUAACUUUCAAGUACAACCAAUAUGAAGCAAUAGAUUCUCAGCUGUUGGUCUGCAACCCAAACGUUUAUAGCUGUUCCAUCCCUACCAUCUUUCACCAGGAGCUUGUUCACAUGCCCCAGCUGUGCACCAGGUCUAGUGCAUCCGAGAUCCCUGGCCAGCACUUUGCCACACUGCAGUCAGCCCAGGGACAAAACUUCGUCCAUUUUGCAAAGUCUGAUUCUUUUCUUGACGACAUCUUUGCAGCCUGGAUGGCUCAAUGGUUGAAGACUCACUUGCUAACAGAAACCUGGCAGCGGAAGAGACAAGAGCUUCCUUCAAACUGCUCCCUUCCUUACCAUGUCUACAAUAUCAAAGCCAUUAAAAUUUCUAGACAAUCUUAUUUCAGUUCUCAUCUGGAUCACGCCAAAUGGUGUAUUUCCCAAAAGGGCACCAAAAAUCGCUGGACAUGUAUUGGAGACUUAAAUCGGAGCCCAUAUCAAGCCUUCAGAAGUGGAGGAUUCAUUUGUACCCAGAAUCAGCUUAUUUACCAAGCAUUUCAAGGAUUAGUUUUGUAUUAUGAGAAGUGUAACUGAACUUGGUGAAAGAACAUGUACUAUUGUUUUGAACAUUGACAAUGUCUUCUUCCAUUAGAUCCAUUCUUUAUAUAUUAAAAGGCUGUGAAUGUACUUAUAGUCCACAUAUCAAAUAAAAUGCUUUUCUCUCAUGUUUACCAUUUUAUCUUCCAACUAGCGGCAAUUUAUCUAAUUUGCAUUUAUAUGCCAUAAACAUUAACUAUUAUAUAACUAAAAUGAGAAUGGAAGGAAUGAAAGAAAAAAUAUUUGUUCUAGAUUAGUCAACUCUCAAUUGUUCACGGAUUGACUGGCCAUCUCACAGAUUAAAUGUCAUCUCCUUCACAGAGAAUUCCCUGACUCUCCUCCCCACCAUUUUGGUGGUAAAAAAAAAAAUCUCUCUCUCUAUACUUCAUACUAUCUAGUCAUAUUCCUCUUUAAGCUCUUUCUCACUGUUUAGCCUUGUCAUUCUUGUAGCUGCUAUUUACUAACUGUCUGAUCUUGGGACAUUCACUUGAACUCUCUGAGCCUUGGUUUUCUUAUCUAUGAAAUGGAUAUAAUAUCUCAGUAUGUUUGAGCACCUAGCACAGAGCCUGACAUGGAGUUGACAUUUAAAAAUACUGGUGAAAUUUGAAUCUGAAUCCCCUCAUCCAGUGAGAAAAGACAAAAGAAAGUUGAUAAAUGAGUAAUAUGUUUUUAAAAAUUUUUUGUCAGA